AUGACAAUAAAGAAGCGCUUAUUGGGAGGCAACCCAGCCAUUUUGUUUAUUGAAGGUAACUGGAAGUGGGAGCGUGAAAGGAGAACAAAAUAUGCUUCUUCCAACCUUGCGGAGCAUAGCCCUGCGGAGGGUACCCUUGUGGAGGGUACCCUUGUGCAGGGUACCCUGGUGGAGGAUAAGGGUCCUUUGAUGGAUACCCUAUACCUUGUGGAGGAGGAACACCAACCGGAGGCUGUUGCUGAUGAUCGUAGUAGCUCAUGGUGA